AUGCAAGGACCUCCCACAGUCAUUCAACCAUUUUCAGUGAUGUGUUUCAGCAACCGCAACAAAACUUGGUUCGAGUUGCUCGAGGUAUUUGAAGACGACAGGGCCGUUUAUCUUGUGUCGGAGUUCUGCCCGGGCGGCUCGCUGUAUGAUUAUUUGGCAGCUUUGCAAAAGUGUCCUGAAGAGCUAGCAAGGACUUGGGCCUUACAGAUGGUUCAGGCGAUUGGAUAUCUCCAGGGCUGCGGGAUCGUUCACCGCAACCUCAGGCUCGAGAGCUGGCAACUGACAAGACAAGAAAUUUCCCCUCCACUGAAGCUUCAUGGCCUGAGUCACUCUACACGAUGGCACAAGAAGGAGGGCCGUCUUAAUGCUGCUUGCGGCAUACUAGCAUACACCAGCCCAGAUGUUCUCCUCGGGCGCUACACCGAUGCCUGCGACAUGUGGUCACUGGGUGUCAUUGUAUACCAGCUACUCUGCGGGCGCCCGCCAUUUGUGGGUACACGACAAGAAAAAAUCCGUCAGAUCCUUUCCGGUGAUGUCAAUAUGCUGCAUCUCGAGAAAGCUGGCGUCUCUGAGGAGGCGAAGUCUUUUGUAACGCAGCUAUUAACGCUCAGCCCGCACAACCGCCUUACUCCGCAGCGAGCUUUGGAGCACACUUCGCUGGUUUGCCAACAGCAGCCCACUACGCCGCGCAUGGUUGGACGCUUGUUUGCUGGCGCCUCCCACUCUAGCAUUGGACGUCUUACUGCAGAAGAUUUGAGGAGGACGCUUCAAAGAGAACAGGCGGAGCCCUUCGUACAUGAAGAGGUCGAAGCAAUAUUUGAUGCACUCGAUAUUAACAAAGAUGGGGAAAUUAUGUUCACAGUGUUUGCCGCUGCAAUGAUCGGCACUUUAGUGGAGGCGGAUGAUUCUCUACUGAAAAAGGCAUUUGAUAAAUUGGACGUCAACCGUGAUGGGCGACUUUCUCUAGAUGAUUGCCGUUGGGUAUUCGGCGAAACAUUAUUUGGGCAGAGCCUCUCUGCAGCUUUGGAACAGGAAGGAAAUGAGGAUGGAAAUCUGGGCUACUUUCACUUCGCCUCGUUGAUUCGGCAUAAGUGCAAGCCCCUGCCUCGGCAAAAAUACAAAAGGUGUCCCAACGUCGCCCGCUCACAGGGCAGGACACACUCGAGUGACCGCUCCGUGCAUGCCCAUUGGAUGGGCAUGCCAUCAAGUACCUUGACAAAUUCAGCUGCCGCUCGCGGGCCAGAUGCUUCUAGCUUACAAGAUAUGCACCAGGGCGAUCAUGCCGCAGUGGCUGCGGCCCUUUCGAAUGCGCGUCUUAUGGGUGAGACUUGCGACGGGCUGAAGCAGCAUCAAAACAAUAGCAGCUCUGCAGAUUGA